CCCCAGGUUGACAAGUCAUGUGCACUAUGUCUUCAAUGGUCCAGACGAUCCCUGAAGAACCAAAUGCCUCCGGAUCAGGAGCUUGAACCGCAAGUAUCCCUUCAGGGGCUCUUCGUCCAUUAUGUAUUGCCUGCCUUCGGGAUAUCGUUCGAGGAACGCAGUCUUGGCUAACAGACUACAAGGGGAGCCCAGCCUCAAGACCGAUUGCUGGGACAGUGAUAAAGGUCUGGAAGAAAGCCAAUGAGAGCCCUAUUCAUGGUGAUGGUUUCCGGACGGACCAUUGACCCAGAAUGUUCGUUUUUCUCAGUGACGCUGCGAUCUUAAGCGUGGCAUGCAAGACCUUUCUCGAUCAAUGAAUCGCAUAUUUAGAUAUUCAACAUUCCCAUGGCUUGUUCAUGUCAUAACUUGCUCAAUUUCCAAACUUCUUGAGUAGCUCUUAUUUGCUGAUUUGGUUUCUCAUCUCUUGAUUCUAUUUUCGGCUUCCCACAAUGCUCCUUGAGAGAGGACUCCGCGGCUUAUGCAUCUUGGCAGUCGCCUCGCAGGUAUGUGCUCAUAUCAAGCCGGAAAAUAUACUUUGGGGCAAGGCCGGGCCCCCGGUCGCCGUUGGGAGGCAGCAGAAUGGCCCGCCUGAAGCAAAUCCAGAAGAUACAGUUGAAUCCACACCCGAGCCUCCACCUGAAUCUUCUUCUGAAGUAGCUCCGGAGGCGGAUAUCAAACCUGACGAGGAGCCCGCCCAAGAGCCUGCUGAAGAACCUACUGAAGAGCCUGUGGAAAAGCCUGCCGAAGAGCCUAUUGCGGAGGGAGAGCAAGAUCCCGACCCCACCUUUGAAUCCGAGGCAACUCCAACGGAAAGAGCCGGACCGUCGUGUACCAAUGGCCCGGGAACUCGUGGAUGUUGGUCUCCUGGAUUCAGCAUUGAUACCGACUUUGAUGCCGAAUGGCCUACGACCGGAGUGACAGUAACGUACGAUCUCGAGCUCACAGGCGGGACCUGCGAUCCGGACGGCUCAGGGCCUCAACCUUGCCAGGUAUUCAAUGGCCAAUAUCCAGGGCCUCUCAUUGAAGCGAAUUGGGGAGACUACAUACAAGUAAACGUCAAGAACAGUCUAACAGACAAUGGCACAGCGCUCCACUUCCACGGCAUGCGCAUGUUGAACAAUUGCCCCACCGAUGGAGUCCCAGGAAUCACCGAAUGCCCCCUCGCACCCGGUGACACCAAAACCUACACGUUCCAAGCGACCCAAUUCGGCUCGACCUGGUACCAUUCGCACUGGAGCAUCCAAUACGGCGAUGGAACCUUCGGACCUCUUGUCAUCAACGGCCCAGCAUCGGCCGACUACGACGUAGACCUCGGUGCGUACACGAUCAGCGACCUCUACUACGGCUCCGCGUACGAAGUCGGCAUUCAAUCGCACGACAACCUCCAGAUCGACAAACCUCCCCCCUUCCCAGACAACAUCAUCAUCAACGGGACGAACAAGAACAAGGAAGGCAAAGGCGAAUACAACCAAGUGCGAAUCGAGAAAGGCAAGAAGUACCGCCUCCGUAUCAUCAACGGCUCCACCGACAACAGCAUCCGCGUCUCCCUCGACGGCCACACCCUCCAAGUCAUCACCUCCGACCUGAUCCCUAUCGUCCCCUACUACACCGACUGGGUACUCACCGCCCCAGGCCAACGCUACGACGUCAUCAUCGAAGCCAACCAAACCGUCGACAACUACUGGUUCCGCGCCGACGCCGCCUUCGACUGCUACUGCCUCAACAAAGGCCCCGGCGGGCGCUCCAUCUUCAUCUACGACGGCGCGAGCGGCGAGGACCCCAAGACCUCCGCCUCCAAGAUCCCGAACUGGGGCUGCAACGAAGAGAGCCCGCUCGUCCCCUGGGUUCCCAACGUCGUCGAAGGCGGGGAAGAACAAUUCACCUCGCAAGCCGUCAACCUACAAUUCGACCUAACGCGCGAGGGCGUCAGCACCAACGGCGAGAACGUCGUACUAUGGGGCGUCAACAUGUCUGCCAUCAACGUCGACUGGUCGAAGCCCACGCUGGAAUACAUCCAAGAGGGCAACCUCGACUUCCCGCCCGAGCUCAACGUCGUGGCCGUCCCCGCCCCGGACACCUGGACGUACUGGAUCAUCCAGGAGACGCCCGGCACCGAAGUGCCCAUCCCGCAUCCGAUUCACCUGCACGGCCAUGACUUCUACGUCCUGGGUAGGGGGAAGGGUGUGUUUGAUAUCAAGGAGUCGCCGAAGACGCUCACGUACGAUAAUCCGACAAGGAGGGACACGGCGAUACUGCCCGGUGGUGGGUGGCUUGUUUUAGCCUUCCCGGCAGAUAACCCAGGCGCCUGGAUCAUGCACUGCCACAUCGCGUACCACGUGUCGGACGGCCUGGCCGUGCAGUUCAUAGAGGGAAUCGAGCAGAUGCCGCUCGGGGACGAGCAGUGGCAACAGCAGUGCGAUAAUUGGCGGACCUACGCGCUAACCGCGCCGUAUCCAAAGCUGGAUUCUGGGGUAUGAGCGAGUGUAUCCCCAUGGAGGGGGAGGGAACGGUAAUGGGGAAGAUGGCAGAGGUUUGUCUUGUUUUGAGGUGGCAUUUGUGAGUGUGUUGUGCUCAGAUGGGUGAAUAGAAGAGUGGAUGGGUGGUCGGUAUAUG